CUGGACGUCUACUGGUCGUGGGAUAUGGCUGUGGUCUAUAUUUUGCUGAUCCUCGUGCUCGGUCUCGUGGGAUAUGUGGCCUAUGUGGUCCACAAGAAGGGCAUCGAUCCCAAGGACAUCCGUAUCCACAGCCUGCAGGACGCCAAAAAGCUGCUGCAGCCACCACCAAGUGGGAUCGGACCCCACAAGUACCUGGAGAAGAGGGCAUGAGGUUUUGUUUACGGCAACUCACUCU